CGCAGCCCGGGGAAUGGAAGGUGCAGCCAGAAGCAGCUCGGAGUGGCCGAGGCAGUGGGCCGUGCCCAAGUCUCCUCCCUUUGGCUGGCCGCAGGCCCGCAAUCCGAGCAUCCCGGAGGCCAUGGCCGCCCCGCAGCUUUUCCGAGCGUUUGUGUCUGCGCAGUGGGUGGCGGAGGCUCUGAAGUCCCCGCGCGCCUCGCAGGCACUGAAGUUACUGGAUGCCUCCUGGUAUCUGCCCAAGCUGGGCCGCAAUGCGCGACAGGAGUUCGAGGAGCGCCACAUUCCAGGCGCCACCUUCUUUGACAUCGAUCAUUGCAGCGACCACACAUCGCCUUAUGAUCACAUGCUGCCCAGCGCCGCGGACUUUGCAGAUUACGCAGGAAGCCUGGGCGUGGGCGCCACCACGCACGUCGUGGUCUAUGAUGGCAGCGACCAGGGCCUCUACUCGGCUCCGCGGGUCUGGUGGAUGUUCCGCGCCUUCGGCCACCGCUCCGUGUCGCUGCUGGACGGCGGCCUCCGCUACUGGCUGAGCCAGAAGCUGCCAAUCAGCUCCGGCAAGAGCCACCCGGAGCCCGCAGAGUUCCGCGCGCAGCUAGAUCCCUCCUUCAUCAAGACCCACAAGGACCUCCUGGAGAACCUGGAGGCCCGGCGCUUCCAGGUGGUAGAUGCCCGCGCAGCUGGCCGGUUCCGGGGCACCGAGCCAGAACCCCGAGAUGGCAUCGAACCUGGCCAUAUCCCUGGCUCAGUAAACAUCCCGUUCACUGAAUUCCUGACCAAGGAGGGCCUAGAGAAGAGCCCAGAGGAGAUCCGACGCCUGUUCCAGGAGAAGAAUGUGGACCUGUCCAAGCCCUUGGUAGCCACAUGUGGCUCCGGUGUCACAGCCUGCCACGUGGUCCUGGGGGCCUUCCUAUGUGGCAAACCCGAUGUGCCUGUCUAUGAUGGCUCCUGGGUAGAGUGGUACAUGCGUGCCCAGCCUGAGCAUGUCAUCUCCGAGGGCCGAGGGAAGACCCAGUAAGGCCAGGCGGGACACAGUACAGCUCGGGGGACAUCUGACCAUCAUGGUGCCAGCCUGGUGGCUCUGACUCUGCUUUGCCAAGAGUCCUUCCUCAGACAACUCAGGUAGUGUUUGGGGGUGACAUUCGAGAGGCCAGGAGUUCCAAUGACUCAUGGGCACCCAGUGGAGUUAGCAAAGCAGGUGGCAGUAAUGGGGUACCCUACCCAGGGGUGGGAGGGAGGCCAGACAACAGAACAGCCUGCAUGGUGCUAAGCUGGGUCCCCCUGCCCCAGCUUGUUUCACUGUUGGGAAAUAAAACACCAAGCACAAAACCUU